GUUUAGCGUACACCAACAAGAAGCAAGAUGAAUAUAUUGCUAGAACUGUUGAUGACACUUUUUAAAGUGUUUUCAGCAUUAUUUUGGGCAAGUGUACACUUCUUCAUCCCACCACCUCAAAAGUCAGUGAAGGGAGAGAUUAUUUUGAUAACAGGAUGUUUUCUCACAUGACUAGUCUGCGACUCGAUAAAGAAGAAUUAUCAAAGCUCAUCAAGAAUGGACGAUCUUGCACAGGUACUCAUAUAAGAACCUUCAUAUCUCAGGUGGGGGCAGUGGUAUAGGGCGCCUUCUAGCACAGCGACUUGCGAAACUUGGUGCUACAAUUGUGAUAUGGGACAUCAACAAAGAAGGCAAUGAGGAAACUGCAAGGCUUAUUACAGAGAAUGGAGGAAAGGCACAUGCAUAUAUUUGUGAUAUAAGUAAUAAUUCAGAAAUCUCAGUAUGCAGUGAGACAGUGAAGAGAGAGGUGGGUUGUGUCAGUAUGCUCAUAAACAAUGCUGGCAUCGUGAGUGGGAAGAAGUUCAUAGACACAACUGAAAAGGACAUUGUAAAGACAUUUGAGGUGAACACAUUCGCGCAUGUUUGGACAGCCAAGGCAUUCCUGCCAGACAUGAUUAAGAACCAACAUGGUCAUAUAGUGAACAUUGUCAGCUCUGCAGGAUAUAUUGGUGUCAAUAGUUUAUCAGACUACUGUGCCUCUAAGUUUGCUAGUGUUGGCCUCACUGAGUGCCUUGACCUUGAACUCCACUUUGCUGGCCAUGACUACAUCAACACCACCCUUGUAUGCCCCUACUAUAUAGACACUGGCAUGUUUGCAGGAUGUCAAACAAGAUUUCCAUGGCUCUUACCCAUUCUGAACCCUGACUAUGCAGCAGAUAGAAUCACGCAGGCUAUAUUGACCAAUCAGAAGCAAUUAUGCAUUCCACGUAUAAUAUACUUUCUUGUUAUGUUGAAAACGCUCACUCCUAUUUCAGUGCUAAAACCUGUUUACAGGUUUUUAGGUGUACAUACCUUUAUGGAUAAUUAUAAGCCAAAAGUGGAUCGUACCUGCUAGUGCAUCACCGUAUGUGCAUCGAUUCAUGGGUGGUGAUAAACUGAUGGCAAACUUUGUUGGACGACAAGGGAACAAAAAGACCAACUAAAGAAAUUAAUGUGGAAUGAAUAUUUAGCACUUCCUCUUCGGGACUAUUAAUUCAACUUACGAUUCAAGAAAAU